UGUCCCUUAAACUAAAUUAUAUAUGGCACAAAAAGAAGGGAAAAAAGAUGUUAUUAGUGUAUGUUAGCUGCCACUUGUUGAGCUGAAGUACAGAAGUGCACCUAAAAUUAUACUGAUGGAUGAUCUGCAGCGAAGGAUAAACCAGCACUAUAAUGAUUCGAGGUCACGUAAAGUAAGGUUUAAGAUAUCUUCUGCCUAUAGUGGCAGGGUUUUGAAGCAGGUAUUUGAGGAUGGAGAGCAGCUGGAACCUCCAGAAGAGGAACAUCCCCGUGGCAUUUUCCACAGGAAUUUUGAGUCUGGUGAAUACUUAUAUGGCCUUGGAGAGGCUACUGACCCUCAGUUUUAUGCACCGACUAAUUUAAUUGCAAGGAAGAUAAGCGUAAUUCGUGAUGGUAGUAAAUAUGGCAUAGGAGGUGGGCAUUACCCAUCCAGCAGCCUUACACCAGCAGAUCCAUCAAAUGUUAUCGAUUUUGGCAAGAUAAUCAUUUAUACAAGUAACUUGAAGAUCAUUCGGACUCCAUUGGAUAAAAGAGAAUUACUGAUCAAAUUUGACAGAGACAAAAAUGAGCAGCAGAUUUUCUCACAAGCUGACGGAGGAGAAGGGUGUCAGAGCAACACGUAUUUGGAAAGCUUGCAAAAUCCUGUACCCACUGAGUCUGCUGAUUCAGAACAUGGCUGCCUUCACUGUGGUGGAUCUGGAUGCUUGCCCUGCUCUUUGUGCCAUGGAAGCAAAUUUUCAAUGCAUGCCAACCGUUUCAAGGAAUCCUUUCAAGAAAUUCGCUGUCCAGCUUGCAACAGAGAUGGCUUGCAGCCAUGCCAGAUGUGUGCAAAAUAAUUUCAUAUCAUAGAACUGCAUACUGUACAGAAGAUGCCUUAAGUCAGCAACAAAUGCAACUGAUAGUGAAAGUUUUCUGCAGGCUUUUUCUUUCUGCAUGUAUUCAUCCUGUACCAGUAUAUUCAAAAAUGUUUUGUCUAAAUAAGUGAUAAAUGAUAAAUCAAAUUACCACCAA